CCUCCUGCCUGAGCAUCCCGUGCAGUGGGAUUUCAGGCAGGAGUCAGCCAAGUUGGCUUGCGAAGAAGAUGAUUUCAUGAGGAGCAUGUGUGCAAUGAUUUCCAAGGGGAUCAAAAGAAUUAUUAAGAUUAAAUUGGGGCUUGAUGAUAAACCAUAACCAGGGAGGAGGGAAACAUAUGGUGUCCCUUGAGCUAAUGAUCAAGUUCGUCACUUCCAUGUGGACAGUCAGAAGUCAAGUUCAACUUAGGACUUUAGGGAAACAAUUGUUGACCCAUAAGUCAGGAAGCAGUUGGAUUUGGCAGGGCAAAGAUAAAGCAGCAGAACAGAGAGUGGUGAUUGCUGAAGAAGAUACAAGGGCACCUGUCUCUGCCUCAAACACUGUGUGUGUGUGUGUGUGUACAAAUGUGGGUGUGAAUGUGAAUGGGUGUGUGCAAAUUUGAGGAAUGGGUGUGUGCAGGUGUGUGUGAAUGUGAAUGAGUGUGUGUGAAUGGGUGUGUGCAAAGAUAUGUGUGUGUGUGUGUGAAUGAGAAUGAGCGUGGGCAGGCAUCAGUGAUGGUGAUCAGCAAAGUCAUGAUCAGUCUUCUGUGUGGCUUAGGAGAGCAGGAUGUCAAGGGAAGUCAAUGUGGGAGAGGGACUUGUGUGGUGGAGAUUCAGAGUGACCAAGUGAGACCAAGGUUAAAACAAAAACCAUGGUGAAAAGAAGGGAGGGAAAGUUGGUCCCAGCAAUGAACAGAGUGGAGGACAGGAAGAUUCUAGGCACCAGACAUAGAAUUAUGUGGGGGUAGGAAUUCUGGUGGCCUCCCCUAACCCCAGAGCCAUGGAACACAGAACGUGAAGGCCAUUCCGUUUUCUGCUGGACUUGUGACUUCAACUUAACGCUGGUUACGGGAGAAGAUCACCAAAGAGGGCAGUCAAACUUGGUCCCAGAGAACCUGUAGUUUGCUCUGAUCGUGCCACACCCAUACCACCAGAACAAAUCGGGGUUGAAACACAUUUCUGCCUCUUCCAGACCAGCAAGUACACCUUCUCAGAAGUGUACUAUCUCUAGGGUUGAGGUCAGGCCGCCUGUAUGUGUGACUAACAUGACUCUUUCCAUCUCCCUACUUCAGGCAGUCUGGUGGAGCCUUGCCUGCCGUGAAUUCUGUGGUGAAGGUCAGUGAACACAAAGAAAGAGGCAUCUCACUUGACACCUGAACAGGACAAUGGCUGCAGACCCCAACUCUCAGAUGAAGGCUGAUCAGCGUGCCACCACAUCAGGAGGCACGGAUGAGCAACAGAGUGUCAUUUACCAGCCUGAAGUGCGGCCUAACACCGUGCCUCUACAGGAAAUCUCCCAGGUGCCUGUGGUGCUACAGUGGCCCACAGCAUUUAUACCUAUCAACUGUACUCCGGUGAUUUUGACUCCUCAAAUGAUGAUUGCUUUGUCAUGGGAUCCUUUCCGUCCCGUGACUAUACCCUGCUUGCUCUCUAAUGUGGUCCUGCAGCCCUGCAUCAACACUGCCCCUACUGUGCUGCCUGCACAGGUCCUGGUCCCCAGAAGCAUCUGUUUCCAGGGCCCUGACAAUGCCAACCAGCCUCUUGUCACCUCCACCCAGAUCAACGAUACUCCCAACCAGGGCCCUGAAAUCUGCACCCAGCUCCCUGAUGCCUCCAACCAGGGCCACGAAGUCUGCAUCCAGCUCCCUGAUGCCUCCAGCCAGGGCCCUGAAGUCUACACAGAGCGCCCUGACACCUCCAACCUGGUCUCUGAAGUCUACACCCAGCUCCCAGAUGGCUCCAACCAGGGAGCCCUCUCUGCUGAGGUGGAUAGGCAGAAGGUACUGGAUGCUGCUGAGGCUCUCCUGAUUCUGCAAAACUCCCCUCAGGCCUGGGAGAAGAAGUUCAGCACACCAGGACCUGAUGGGGAGUGAAGACUGCAGCUGUCCUGCCUCUGGAUGUCACCCCAGCCUACAUACUCUGCCUCACCAAAUGACAACUGGACAUCUUGACGGUGCCCCACUCUAGCCCUAAGAGAGCUGUGAAGUUGGCCUGUCAAGGACUGCCUGUUUCUGAAUUAGCAAGUAGCUCCUGUCCGAACUGCUUAUUUGAUUUUCUUAAGACUGGAGGCACGUUGUGGGAUCUCAAAAUCUUAUCUUGAGGUAGGGAAUGACUUAACUGUGGUGGUGUAUUCUGGACCUUGCAUUGUUUCCCGUUGUUUGUUGAUUGUUUUCCUUCGUAAGAUGUGGAUCUUUCUUUGUGUCAUCAAAGCUGAACUGUGCAACAUGAUAUGAAGUGUCUGUUCACAAUGUUCUGAGUCCAUAACGAUGGCAGCAAUUUUUGUCUCUUUAUUGUCUGCAUAGUUGAAGGAUCCUAUAUGAGCCAUAUAUUUAGAUACGUCAGGAUGCAUCACCUGCAUCUAGUGUCUGUGUGUGGGCACAAAUAAAGUUUCAUUGUUGUAAAGCA